AUGUCGUCCAAUGACGAACCGGUCGUCGCGUCUGCUCCCGCCGAGGUCUCCGUGGAGGUGGAUGAAAAUGAGCCUCCCGCUACUCCGAUAGAGCCAGUUCUCUCUGGAGGGGAAGAUGCGGCCAAGUCUAGCCCAGAGGCUGUCAAGGAGGCGCCCAAGGCCUCCCCGGCCAAGGCUAGCCCCAGUGCACCCGGCACCGCGAAGCGUCCUGUGUCGGGAACUGCUCCCACAAAACGGCCCACGUCCUCAUCCGCAUCAAAGCCCACCACGGGGACUUCUCGUCCGAGUACUAGCAGCAGCAGCACCCUGAACAAGCCGCCCACUCGUCCGACGACCACUACGGCUACCCGGAAGCCGCUGAGCACCUCUACUACUUCGUCCCACCGAUCCCGAAUGUCCGUGAGUAGCUCCGCAGAUGAGAAGCCUCGGUCCGUGGCUAGCUCUGGAGACGAGAAGCGUGGCAUCUCUGGUACGGCAAAGCGCAUGUCUAUGGCCGGUACCACCUCCACCCGCGCUCCUUUGAGACCGUCUCCUUCUGUCGACCGCCGAUCAAGUGUUGCUGGCCCCACCGCAGACAGAAAGCCUGCUGUUGUAAGCUCUCGUACCGCGACUUCAACAAGCAAGCCAGUAGGUCGGUUGACCUCUGCAACAACCCCCGCAACCCGGACCGCCACUUCUGCUUCAGCUACCCGGCCGUCUACAACUCGGCCCACUCCCACCACAAGCACAGUCAGAUCUGCUACUACCGCAGACCCCAAGAAGCGUCUGAGUACGGUUCCUGGCGCGACUGCCCGUGCAACUGAGUCUGAGAAGUUGCAAGCCCUUCAGACAAAGCUGUCUGAGAGCGAGGAGACCGUGGCCAGUUUGAAGACCGAACUGGAAGGUGUCAACGAGAAGCUCAGCCAGCUUUCUGUGUCAGCGGAAGAGCCCACGGGCAGUGCAGGUGCCGUGGAGGCCAACGCGGACCAUGCCGCAGAGAUCGAUCGACUGACUUCGGCUCACACAGAAGAGCUUCAGGCCCUGCAGGCACGAUUGGAUGAAGCUGAAGUCCAGCGCAAAGAGUUGGAAGAAAGUUCCCAGAAGGAACUGGAGGAGGCCAGGCAAUCCGCCUCUGCGCAGGGUGAUGACCAGACAGUAGCCCUCCUUGAUGAGCUCAAGGCAACUCACCAGACUCAGCUGGAGGCUAUUGAGAAAGAAUUGGCAGAGCAUAAAUCUUCUGCCGCCCACUUUGAAGAACAGAUUGCCGCUCUCAAGAGCGAGCAUGAGCUUAGGAACACUGCUAUCGAGGAAGAGAAAACCCGCGAGCUUGACCAUCUCACCCGUGAACUCAAGGGUCGCGAUCAGGUGAUGGAAAACCUGAACACGGAAAUCGUCAAGUUAAAUACCCUUAAGGAGCAGGAGAUUCGUGCUGCCGAGGAGACCGCACAACAGGCUAUCUCCACUCUCCAGGAGCAAGUGUCAUCUCUCGAGGCGAAGCUUGUUGCGGCCGAGUCUGCUUCCAAGGACAGCUCCGAGCAGACAUCCUCGCUCGCUGAAAAGGACCAAGAAAUCAACGAUCUCAAGCAGGCUAUUGAGAAGGCCCAAAAUGAGGUCCAGGCAGCAAGCGAGGCCGCAGCUUCGCAAUUGAACUUCGAGGUCGAGCAGCUUGGAUCUGCCCAUGAAGCUGCAAUUGCUCAGCUCAAGGCUGAACACGAUGCUGCUAUCAGCUCCCUCUCCGCUACCCACGCCGAAGAGCUGACUGUCGCCACCAAGGCUGCUGAAUCAAAUGGCACGGAGCACACAGAGCAGCUUCAAGAGCUUCGUGACGCCCUCGAGGCUUCCAACACCACUGCCAAGAAGGCCCAAGAAGACGCCAUUGCUGAGCUGAAGACCGCUCACGAGGCGGAGUUGAGAUCUUUGCAAGACAAGCUUGAUGUUUCCGAGAACACUGCCCAACAGGGACAGGGCGUUGUUGCUGAAUUGAAGAACGCACACGAGGCGGAGUUGAAAGCUCUGCAAGAAAAGCUUGACGCCUCCGAAGCUGCUCUGGCUGAAACUCGCCGUGCCUUAGACGAGGGCAACGCUUCUGCCCAGGACCUUGCCGUUCAAGAGAUUGAUGCUCUUCGAAACAAGUGCGAGUCGCUUGAGUCGGAAUUGACCUCAGGCACUGGUAAGAUCAAUGCGCUCCUCGAGGAGAUGCAAAGCAAGCAGGCGGAAGCUGAAGCCAUCCACCGCACUCUUCGUGAUGUUGAGGACCACUCAAAGCAGGAGAGCGCCCAAAAGGACAAUAAGAUGCGAGCCCUCGAGGAGAAGGCUGCGGAAGCUACGUUCCUUCUCGACCAAUACACUGCGCAGGCCGCUGGUGUGUCUGAGACCCACGCAAAGGAAAUCGAAGAAUUGAAGGCUCAGCAUGCUGCUCAACUCGCAAGUGAGCUCGAGAAGGCCAAGGAGGCCUCUGGCUCCAAUGAUACUGCGCUUAGUGACCUCCAGUCGAAGCACGAUGAGGUGCUUGCUUCCCAUAAGGAGCUGGAGUCCGCUCAUGCCACCCGUGUCCAAUCAAUCGAGGCUGAGCUUAAGGCUGCAUUUGAAAGUCACGCGAGUGAGAUCGCCACUCAUUCCGAGAGUCAUACUAAAUUGCAGGAGCAGUUCGAAGAAGUCCAGGCUAAGUUGCAAGCCGAGCUUGCUGCUUUGCAAGACUCCCGCAAGACUGAUGCAGAACUUCACACCAAACAAAUUACUGAAUUGCAGGCUGGCUUUGAGGAGACCAAGGCCCAGCUGCAGGCCGAACUCCAGGCUACCCAAAACUCCAAGGCAGCCGACUCUGACGCCGAACACGGCAGAGCAAUUGAGGAGCUUCUCACUAUGCAUGAGUCCAAGCUCUCUGGCAUCCGGGAAGAACUUGAGAACUCCAACAAGUCUAAGAUCGAGGAGCUUCAGAAACAUCACGGUGCAGCUCUGGCUAGUCUGACCGAUGAUCUCUCUAAGGCACAUGCUGCCGCUCAAGAUACUUCUGCUCUAGAGGCUCUGAAGGCUACCAUCGCGGACCUUGAAGGCAAGCUCGCUGACUCCCAAAACGCUCAUAUCGCGGUCCAGGAGUCCGCUGUAGCUGCUUCAAGGGAUAUUGAGGGUCGAUAUGCGGCUGAGAUUGCCACCAUCCAGGCCGAGCAUGCUAGCCUCACCGAGAAGUAUCAAGCCACCGUCACUCAGCUUGGUGAGCUGCAAAAGUCUGCUCUUGACUCUGACGGCCAGAAGUCACACCUUGAAUCUAUCAUGAAGCAGCUAUCCGAGUCUCGUGACCAACUCUUGAAGGCGAAGGCGGAUAACGCCGCAGUUUCCGACUCUCUUGUUGAUUGCAAGAACCAGAACAAGACAUUGGCAGAGAAACAGGAGGCCGGUGAACGUGAUCUGAAUGACCAAAUUGACAAGAACAUGGGUCUCCUUGAGCAACUGGGCCAAUUCGACUCCGAUAUUUCUGUCAGCCGACGACGAGUGCGUGAACUUGAGACAGAGCUUGCAGUUUUGAAGGCAGACAGUGCAGACAAGAGCAGUAACUCAGGACUGGGAGGUAGCCGAUGGGCAACGGCGGAUGAAGGAAGCGAGAACGCUGAAGAUGGGGGUCCAGCCACAACGGAAGGUGAGGACCUAGGCCCAUCCAUUGAGGGAACGAUGGCAAGCAUCCAGGAACAGCUUAAGCACGUCCGAACGGCCCACGAUGAUUGGUAUAGCGAGCAUGGCAGGUGGACUCAUUGGCCAGCUUGCAAACAUAUCCCAGCAAGCGACACCCGUCCGCAGCCUCUCGACAACUCCUCUUUCGGCUAUUUCGGAGGUACCAACAUCAGCCAAAGAGCCAGAACCAGCCCGGACUCGCGCAGCAACAGUUUCGUUCUUCGGUAAAGGCU